UAUGUUAUUUCUAUACCUCUUUACUACAUUUUUUAUUUUAAUAGUUGUUAACAAAUGCUAAGAAAAAAAUUAAUUAUCGCAAUCAUAUUAAAUGACUUAAUCGUUUAAUUGUACAUACAUAUGAGAUAUUGUCGAUCGAAGAGCACCAUGGUUACUUACUAGUAACAAAUGACAUCAGUAUUUCAAGGCGCCAACGGCUCGCAGUUUUAAAUUGAAAACUCCUGAGUGUAGAUCAACGAAACGUCUAUGUCGGUGUUACAUAUUUGCGGUGGUACAUAUUUACUAGAAUUCAAAGGCUAUAGUCAAAAAGAAGCUUUAAUAAUAAAACAUAUACUAAUAUUAAUAGUAAAAAUUAAUCUAUUUAGUGCAGUGUAAUCUAUAAAUAUAGGUUGUACUCUGCUAAUAAUGCUCAGUUCGUUAACAACGUUCCAAGAAAGCGUCAAGUGUAAAGUGUGGAAAAAAUGGCAGUUGUUUCACGCUACGGACUUUCAAUCGCUGAUGUAUCCCUGCUUCACAUUCUGCAGCGUUCUUGGACUAUUCCCAUACAAAAUCAACGGCUCGACUUUCGAAACAUCCAAACAACGUUACAUUUUACCAACUGUCGUUCUUUGUGUCCUCUGCAGUUACGAGCUGAUAGUGCUUUAUGAGAUCGACAUUACUCAAACGAUCAAAUUCAAAGGAGUACCUAAGACACUUGAGCGUAACUGCUUUUACAUACUUGGUAAUUUUAUCGCGGUCGUUACAUACAUUCUAAGUGGUCCUCGAAUGCACUUGCUCCAGUCCAUAAUGAAUGUCUCUUCGAAUCUGCCUCUCAAUUCAUAUCAACAACUGUCUAAAUUGAUCCAUACUAAGGAUGUCAUUGGUUUCGUCUUUUUAAUCGGGGAAAUGGUGUUUUAUUAUUCCACCUUGGAUUUCGAUACUUGGCAUAAAGCUUUUGUACCGUAUCUCAAUUUCCUGAUUUUCCAGACGGAUAUGCUAUAUAUGAAUUGUGUUUGUAUAUUAAAGGCCUGUUUCAAAAGAAUCGACGAUAAUCUAAUAAAUUUGCGGGACCACGUGGUGAACGAUCAGCCACAUCUCCUGAGGCGGAACUAUCACGUGAAGAGAAAUCCGCUUCUGUUAAUGGAACUCAAGGCUUUGAAGAAGCAGCAUUUGGCGAUCAGCGACACGGUGGAGAUGUUAAACGUGAUUUUCAGUUUGCAGAUCAUCGCUUCCGUAAUUCUGACUUUUGCCGAAAUCACUUUUCAAUUGUACUUUUAUAUAAUGCAUUGGAAAAUUGUAUGGGCCUGUGAGACCGGUAAAGACCAGGCCAUUAAAAUCGGCACCACUAUUCACGAGCUGCUUAACGACGUUACAGAUGAACAAAUCAAAAGCGAGUUGCAGUUGUUUUCCUUGCAGAUACUGCACCGCGAAAAUGCGUUCACCGCAAAGGGUCUCAUUGUGGAUGCUACUCUUCUCACUGCAAUAGUGGGCAACAUAACUACAUAUCUACUAAUCUUAAUACAAUUCUUGAUUGCCGCAAAUUCUUGCCACGGAAAAUUAACACAUAAUAUUACAGAAAUAAACUUUUAAAAAGAGAAAUAAACGUUUAAUAUGUUUUACUCUUUCUUGCUGAUGUGUUUGCCGACCUUGAGGUAUAAUGAAUAUAUUUGUGGAAAAUAUCGUUUUAAGUUCAUUAUAUAGUUUUAAGUUCAUAAAUAAUCUAACUACUACUUCGUUAUGAUAUUAAAACAUAUUAAUAUUAAUAUUAAUAAGAUAAUACAAUUUUGAAUUUAUUUCUAAUAAUAAAAGAUAUUCAAUGUUUCAGAUUUCUUCUCAAAAUAUGCAUCGUUUUAUACUUAAUGGUUCAAGGUUUAGUAACAAAAAUAUAAAUAAAAUGGAAUUAAAAUUACUUUUUAUCAAUACUAUAUCGACUAAGAUUAGUGGAAACAUAGCAAUAAACAAUUUAAAAUGAAAACUUAAUGUUCUACACUGUAAACUGUAACACAUGUGAUUUUUAAGAAUUUUGUUGUUACAAAUUAUCCAUUUCUUCUUAUUACUGGCAAUUGAUUCAUAGAAUGUUACAUGUUAUUUUGUUAGUGUUAAAUUACUUUUAAUUAUUUAUUUAACGUAAAGAAAUAAACUUCAUAAAACUACAACACGCGUUAUGCAAUCCAUAUUUAUUAAGCUGGAUAGAUUUUUAAUAGACUUAUAAAUGCACGAUUUAUCAUGCACAACUACAAUUAAGAUUAAAUAAUAACAAUAUACCAAUAGAAAUCGUUUUAUUGGUAUUAAUACUUUUGAAUAUGCAAAAAUAUGUAAUAAUAUUCUUAAACUGCCAAUUACAAUCACACACAUACAAAUUCUCAAAGCUGAUCCAUAUAUGUAGGCGAUUAUAUCUGGCACGUUCUUGACGAUGUCUAUUAUUUUAUAAAAAUAUUGUUGAUGGUGAGAGCCUGUAAGAUCGACAAGGAUUAGUCUGCUUUUUAUGAAAAUGUACUUUAAUGGUAAUACGAUAUUUUAUAUAAUAAAUAUAACGAAUUUAUGAUUACUUCUUCCAGUUCUGUUAUUAAUUUACAAUUUGUUGUCACAGUUGCAGUGGUUUUCCUUGUAAAUUCUGCAUCACGGAAAUAUGUCCUCCGCAAAGAGUCUCACUGUAGACGCGACGCUUCUCCCUGCAGUAAGUUAUCGAUCAUUUGCCUUUAUGUAUUAAUAUUGAUUUUUUCUUUUUAAUUUUGUUUCGAUGAUGGAUAACAUCAGCACAUAUUUAUUAACUUUAAUGAAGUGUUUACAUGACACAACAUUACAAAAAUUCAUUGAAAAAAUUCAUUGAAAAAAUAAUGGAGUGAUAUUGAAUUAGUAAAUAUAUCUAUUUCAGUAAUCGAAAAUUAUACUUUUUCAUAGAAUAUUGUAGUAAAAUAUUGUCACAUAAUAUUAUAACAUUCACUAGUACGUUUACAUAUAUAAUAUAUAUGUAUACAAACUUUAUAAAUACUUCUACUAGUAACAUCUAAUUGCAAUUUAACUUGUUUCAUUGGUUUAAAUGUAUCGUAUAAAACACAAUACAUAUAUUUACAAAAAAUUUUGAUCAUUGAAAAUGUCACAUACAAUAUAUUUUUCACCCUUAUAUAAAAGUUAAAACAAAUUUCCCUGUCUCUUUCUCAAUGUAAAUACUGAUAAUUAAUAUAUAUAUAUAUAACUUAAGAUUCUUAAUGUGCAAAAAAUAUAUAAAAAUGUAUAACAAACUACUUAAACAGUCUCUUCAAAGUAUAUACAUAUUUGCUCUUCCAACUUAAUUUAUCAACAAUAAAUUCGAAAUUUUGUCAAGGCAAUAUUUGAUUUCAUGCAUUAUCACAAUAAUAAAAUUUGUGUGUUUUACCAUACAUCUAAUCUCUUUGUAAUUAUUAAAACAUAAAAAUAAUCUUGUUAAUUUGUAGCCU